GGUCAGCGCAGACAACACGGAAGUUCAACACCCGAUCAAUCAACCGCGACUCGAACAGUCAGAUUCAUCGCAGGACGUGUAUUGUCUCUUUAAAACCCGCCACCUUAUUACACCAGACACAUUUGUGUAGACGGUUGAAACCAAAGGAUUCUCGUCGCCCCCCCUCCCCCUGCACGUGAGACCACCACCGGGGACGGAGCCGUGCUCUUUGUGUUUGGAUCAUUUACAGUGGAGCGGAUGAGCGCUUCCGCUUUGGCUGCAGCCGGGCUGUCACAGCGGGAGGAUGAACAACCAGAUAUGUAGCACCUUAUUCCAGAAACCAAGAGGACGCAGGAGGAUUAUACAAUGCAUCUACGUGGUGGGCUUCAUGGACUUGUUUGGGGUGAGCAUGAUCAUCCCGCUGUUGAGCCAUCAUGUGAAAGCUCUUGGAGCAAGUCCCACUGUAGCUGGUGUUGUAGGAGCUACAUAUGGGAUCUUACAGCUCUUCUCAAGCACAAUAGUUUGCAGCUGGAGUGAUGUGGUGGGACGGCGGUACUCUCUGCUGACCUGCCUGCUGCUGAGCGCUCUAGGCUACGGCCUGCUCGGGAUGUCCACCAGCAUCGCUUUGUUUGUCCUCGCACGGAUACCUGUGGGGCUGUUCAAGCACUCCCUGUCCAUCUGCAGAGCUCUGCUGUCGGACCUGGUGUCUGAGUCAGAGCGCCCCCUGGUGAUGGGACACUUCAAUGCAGCCUCCAGUGUCGGCUUCAUCCUGGGUCCGGUGGUCGGCGGCUACCUCACGGAGCACGAAGGCGGCUUUUAUACCUCCUCCUUUACCUGUGCAGUCAUCUUUCUAAUCAAUGCAGGGCUUGUAUGGAUGCUACCAUGGAGCGAGACGCUAAUUCACUGUAACCACACAAGUAAAGGUCGCGGUAAAUCCGUUCACAAUGGCUCUCAUGUAAAUAGUCACGGCCCAGUGUUGGCAGCACAGACUGAGCCAGACUCCGGAGCUCCAGCGACGCACCGAGGUGUUCUUCGGUGGAGAGAGGUGUCUCUGUUCCAGCCUGCCUGGAGACAGCUGUCCUCGGUGGGCUCCAAGAUCCACAUGGUGGCCUCCUCUGCCAUGUGGGACCUCUUCCUGGUGCGUCUUCUGAUGGCUAUAUCGAUCAUGCUUUACUACAGUAACUUCUCUCUGUCGAUGGAGGAGCGUUUCUCACUCAAACCAAAGGUGACGGGUUAUCUGAUCAGCUACAGCAGCACCUUGGGGGCCCUGGCUGGGUGCCUGGUGGGGCCCGUCACCCAGCUCUAUGGGAAGAACAUGCCUGCUCUGCUGCUUCAUUCCACAGUUCUCACCUGUACACUCAUUUUCCUGUACGCUACGGCUCCCAGUGUGUCGCAGGUUCUGUUCACCUCCACCUUCUUCGCCAUUUCCACCACUAUUGGACGGACAUGCAUCACAGACCUGGAGCUGCAGAGAGGAGGGGACCAGGCCAGUGGGACUCUGAUCGGAGCCGGGCAGUCGGUGACAGCCAUUGGUCGAAUCCUGGCCCCUCUCCUCUCCGGUCUGGCCCAGGAGUUCAGCCCUUGUGGCCCCCCCAGUCUGGGGGUGGUCUUAGCUCUUGCCACUGUAGUUUUACUUCUCAUCAGGAUCCCCAAAUGGGACGCUAAAGGGAUGACAAAAAAAGAGUAACUGUAAUUAAUUUGAAAUGAUGUAAAUCUACCACAAAGAGAUGUGCUGUUGAUUGAAUGAGACCAGCUGUGAAGAUGAAGACUCAUCGUGGGGGGCGACGUUUCCUGCUCGAAGGCCUCUCGUAUAUGUAGAUGUGGCGACAUCACAAGGGUCAAAAUGGCUCCUCAGCACCAGCGCUGCAGCCGUGAGCUGAGAUGAAGUCCGGACAGAAACACAAGAACAUUGUGUCGGCACAUACUGUACUGGAAACGCUUUUUAUUUUUUUAAUGCAAUUCUCUUACCACUACAUUGUCCAAAGUACCUGCAGCUACUGUCAAUCUGCUGAUUACACACACACACGUCAGAAUAACUUCCAAUGUUUUAACACAAUAUUGUGCUCAUACACACUGAAACAGAGACAACCCAGUCACUUGUUGUCCCCACAUGCAGGCUCGUUAGAAUACACCGCCCACUAUCUGAGUAUCCAACAACCUUCAAGUUCAAUCAGAUGGAGAAUAAAUGCAUAUUUAACAAUAAAGCAUGUUAACUUGUUCUAUUAGAAACCCAAAUAAGUAUGAGCAUAACAUGUCCCCUUUAAGACGAAGGUGAGCUCACUGUUGCAGUUUAGAAGUCGAACACAUUUGACCUCCUGUUGUUUCUCCAUACUGCACAUCUGAAAUGGUUCUGACUGGUGUACGAGCAAAUGUUAAGUUCCUGACAGGAUUUGUAAUUGUAUGAUUUGUUCAUUUGUCAUUUGUUCAAGUUGAGAUGUGUUUUAAAAAAAACAAAAUUGGAUAAUUAUUUUGUAAAGAUGUCCGUGAGUCCAUGAAGUUCAAACCACAUUAAUGCCCAAAGAAACCCCACGAAGAAUAAAUGUUUUGAAAUCAAA